AUGGGCCUCUUUGUGUCGAUGGGUGGAUUUCUCUUUGGCUAUGAUACCGGUCAAAUAUCUGGAAUCUUAGCUAUGAAAGAUUUCCUCCGGCGAUUUGGCGACAAGGACAAAUCUGGAGACGGAUAUCAUUUUACUAAUGUUAGGUCCGGGUUGAUUGUCGCCUUGCUUUCAGUUGGCACUUUGAUCGGUGCGUUGGUAGCCGGCCCCGUCGCAGAUCGUCUUGGGAGAAAAUGGUCUAUAUCUUCGUGGUGUGUUGUUCUCACCGUUGGUAUUAUUGUCCAGGUAUCAUCUGAAGCCCCGAGAUGGUGGCAAAUAGUUAUUGGCCGUUGGAUUGCAGGACUUGGAGUUGGAGCACUCUCUCUUUUGGUCCCUUUAUAUCAAGGCGAGAGUGCUCCGCGGCAUAUUCGUGGGGCUAUGGUGUGUAUGUACCAACUAUUCAUUACACUGGGAAUAUUGGUUGCCAACUGCAUUAAUUUUGGUACGGAACGCUUGGAUAAUACUGCGUCAUGGAGGAUUCCCAUGGCCAUCACCUUUCUCUGGCUGCUUAUUCUUGGGCUUGGGAUUGCUUUGUUCCCUGAGACGCCUCGAUUUGACUAUACGCGAGGAAAGACUGAGCAGGCAAAACGGACAAUGAUGAAGCUCUACGGAAUUCCUGAAAAUCAUAAACGGUUACAUGAAGAAUUUGCCGAGAUUAAGCAGAAGCAUGAGGAAGAUAUGGCUGCCAAAGAAGACCAUUGGUGGGAAAUUUUUCAUGGUCCAAGAAUGAAAUACAGAAUACUUCUAGGCAUCACACUCCAAGCUUUUCAACAGCUCACUGGCGCCAACUACUUCUUCUACUACGGGACAGUCAUAUUCAAAGGUGCUGGCAUAUCGAACAGCUAUGUCACACAGAUGAUUUUAGGCGCCGUUAAUUUUGGCAGCACAUUCCUUGGACUAUACAAUAUUGAACAUUUUGGCCGUCGCAAAUCACUAAUUGUGGGCGCUGUCUGGAUGUGUGUUUGUUUUCUAAUAUUUGCAUCUGUCGGCCAUUUUGCUCUUGAUAUUAAGACUCCACAAAAUACGCCCAAAGCGGGGACAGCCAUGGUUGUAUUCGCCUGUCUUUUUAUUCUGGGGUUCGCAAGCACCUGGGGACCAAUGAUCUGGGCGAUUAUCGCAGAACUUUACCCAUCCCGAUAUCGUGCACGAGCAAUGGCUCUGGCUACGGCUUCCAACUGGCUAUGGAACUUCCUGCUUGCCUUUUUUACACCAUUUAUUACUGAUAAAAUUGAUUUUCUAUACGGCUAUGUCUUUGCAGGAUGUCUGCUCCUGGCUGCCGCGUUGGUGUAUUUUGGGGUUCUUGAGGGGUCAGGCCGAACUCUAGAAGAGCUGGAUACAAUGUACAUUUUAAGGGUCAAACCUUGGAAAAGCUCUACUUACGUUCUUCCUCCGCCUGAAGAACUGUCACAAGAGGCGGUACUGGCGGGGACGGAUAUAAAUGACCGUUCUUCUCGAGGAAAUUGA